AUGCGCGCCAGCUCCGACAAACGCAGCGUGGCGGUUAUCGAGGCGCUGCGUCACUGGGGCAUCCCGCUGAACCCGCGUACAGGCACCUACACACCCGAGCUGGCGGACGCAGAUGCCCGCUCUGGUGCUUUCGUCUCCGACUCAAGUACGCAAGCACGAGUGGACGCUGACCAGGGAAACGAUAACACGGAAAGCGCCGUCGACAAUAGACGCAUCCGCGAGGCGAGCGACUGGCUGCAGCAGCUGCGACCGGCUGUGCCGCUGCGACUUGUUCACCAGAACCUUCAGAGUGUUGCGGAAGAGAUACGUGCUAAGCUGACAGCCUGGAUAGAACAGGAUCUGGGGCGCCGAAGCUCGUUCCAGGCAGAAUACAACGGCGAUGACGCACUUGCACUAGAAACACCACAAACUGCACCGGCUCGUGCAGGUUGCGCUCAGCCGGACGCGUCUGCAUCUGGUGAACUGGGCACUUUGCUGGAGAUCAUUCAGCAUUGCCGCCAAAAGACCCGUUUCGCGUGGGAAACCCUCCAAGGUGUUUAUCAGGAGCAGUGCAGCAGGCGUGAUCAAGUCUGCACACGAAUACAACAAGCAUAUUGGGCGACUCGGCGACGCUGGCAUGCGGAACGCCUUGAGCGCAUCACGGAGCUCGCGUGCCAAGUAGAAGAAGCGCUUGCUUCGGUUGACCCAUACCCACCGGUAUCAGCCGCAGAGGAGAAAUCCCCAGACAAGGCGACUGGCAUUCGGGACGAUACCGCACGCACACCGACCGACGAGUCUGCAGAUGCACAGACUGAGGCAUGGCAUCGACUCUAUAUUGCUGCCAAGCAACUGGGUGAAUGUUUCCAGCUACAAGAGAUGUUGCGGGAGGAUGUAUCCACGGCUGAUACGCAGCCGAUGCCGCACGAGCCCGACACAUCGCCGCUUUCAUGUGAGAUGCUGGCGGGAUUGAUCCACACCCAACUGGAGCAGCUUCAAAAACGCCUGGCUACCACGCUCCGCAGCAAACUCGUGGCAACCUUGACAAGUACGUCCGCUGGCGGUGUACCAGAGGCCGUCCACUGGGAACGCUUUCGCGAACUCGCCCAGGCCUAUCAAGAUGCGCGCCUCGCGCUAGCCUUUGAAAGCGACUUUCGGGAAGCGGUUGUACGGCCUCUGGUGCAACGCCUCAUGAAAGAGGCGAACGUGAAUACGAGUACCGCUCCCGAAACAAUGGAUACAGGCGAGUCUGCAUUGAUCCGCUGCUGGCAAUCCGUUAUCGCACAGCUGGAGCAGGUUGUUGCUGUGUUUAUAACCCCGGCAGCACGCAUUGCCAUGCAGGUCACUGGGGUACCUCCAGCCACAAAGAGGCGACCAAGUGCAAUCCUCUAUCUAGAUCUCCUCGGUAGAGGCUUCUGGCCGGUAAUCGCUGAUGAAAUACGGGAAGCGUUCGUGACCAAGUUAUCACCAGCAGAUGCGGAACUUUUCCAUCGGGCCUAUUGUCUCAUGCAACGCUUUGCAGCGCAUGUUCGGAGAGCGAGAGCCGCUGUCGUGCCGGAGGCGGCGGAUCUAGUCAUCCGCCAUGAGGCUACGACUGCAUUCUGGCGGUGCUGGAACCUUGCUGCAUAUUUCCAAGUACGCUCGACGGGCCUCAUCGAACGUCUCGAACACGUCCUGCAGCUGUCGCCGGAACCCGUAACCACGCUGGAUGCCAGGUCAGCGCUCUGUGAACUGUGGCAUGCAGAUCCAGUUGCAUGGGCUUGUUUUCAGCGCUGGCAUGCCCAGGGAGUGCGGUGUUGGCAGACCCUCUAUACCGUUGCUGCGAUACAAGUCUUGUGGUCUGGAUCGGUGUUCGUAUCGGCGCUGGUGAGCGAGUCGUUGCGGCUGACGCUGCGUCUGAUAGCGCGUCUUGUGGUCUGGCUGGAACAAGGCUCGGCAGCGGGUGGUCCAUUCACCGCCGCUGAGUGCGCGUGGAUGAUGGACGAUCUCCACAUUCUCCAGCGCCAGCUACCUGCCGCAUUCGAGACGCUUUGGCGAGAUCGAGUCUCUGAGCUAGAUGAGGUAUUCGCGUCGCCGCAUGACGCAGGUGCAGCGCGCGCGCUACCUGUCGCUGAGACAUUCACGCAAGCGCUCGAAUGGCUCGUCAACCGAACCGUGCCAGGUCUGGAACAACGAGUGACUGCCCUAAUUCUCGAGCAAUGCACCGAGAAAAUGCAACCAUUGCGUGGCCUGCUUGCAGCGUAUCGAAUGAUGUCGAACAAGCCCAUGCCCAGCAGAGCGACUCCGUUCAUUCACGCUGUUCUUCUGCCCUUGGAUUCGUUUUUGAAGGAGCUCACGAAUCCGUGGCAACAACAACAACAACAACAACGGAACGAGGUAAUGCCCUUCACGGCAGCGGCGCUGCAACAGUGGCGCCGGCGCUGGGCCACGCACAUUGCGGUGGCGGUCAUCCAUCGCUACCUGGAUACAGGCUUCGAGGUCGUUCGAAGCAUCGAACAAGCUGAAGCCGCGCUGCGUCGCUUGCAUCUGCACGAUGUGGAGCGUGCUGCUGAUCCCGACGCAGACCGUACGGAAACGGAACGCACCAAAAUCCUCCAGCAGAUGCGUCUGGACGUACGCUGGCUCAUGGACCAGCUCAAGGACCAGCAGCGCUACGGUGGCGUGGAUAUCUUACUGGAACCUGCGACGCCAGCUCCGGAGACGCCGCCAGAGCUUGUGCGCUGCCAGUGCCGAAUUCAGGAGCUUCUUGGUACAAAGUGA